UUCUACCUCCUCACCAAGAACCCAAGCCUCAGGCACACAACAAUCCUCAGGCUAGAGCAAUCGAUCGGUUGCUAUGGCUGCUACGAGGGCUGCCAAGAGCUUGCUGCUCUGCCUGAUGGUCGCCUUUCUUCACCACCUCCAAUUUCAGUUCCCUCCCGUAGCCGCAACGACGUCGCUCGGGAAGAACGAGAGCAGGGACGGCGGCAGCCACGGGAAGACCCUGAGCUUCACGCUGUACCAGCAGGAGACCAUCAACAAGACCGCGUACAUCGUCGUCGACGGCGUGGCCGGCGCGGGCGUCAGCCAGACCACCACGCCCUUCGGCACCAUCUACGUCUUCCGCGACUACCUCACGGUGCGCGCCGACAGGGCCUCCCCGGUGGCCGGCGUCGCGGAGGGGAGCUCCAUCACCACCACCCUCGACGGGCUGCAGAGCCUGUCGCUGGCCAAGAUCACCGUCGACCACCGCGGCCACCGGGGCUCCGUGUCGGUCCUCGGGGGAACGUACAACACCAGGCCGUCCGACUACCCGGUGGUGGGCGGCACCGGCGACUUCGCGUACGCGCUGGGCUACGUCCGGUCGUCGCCGGUGGAUCUGCGGGGACGAACGGUGACGUACAAGAUGGAGCUUCACUUGUACUGGCCUCCGUACGCCCACUACGCCCCAGUUCCACAUAAGCCUGUGUAGGUGCUUAUGAUUGGAACAGUCCACACGCACUCGUAUAGUUUUACAGUUACAGCCUAGUAUUGAAGUACGUGUAUGACCUUUUCUUUUUCUUUUUCUGAAACACGGCGUGAGUCUUUUUCUAAUGUUAAAGUAUAAUAAAGUUGAACAACAAUUUGAGAA